CUGAUGAAGACAAAUCCACUGCGGUCACUUCAUCUAGACUGACACUUUCAUAUACGUCCACCGUUAAAGCUGAUUAUUACUAAAGAUAAAAGGACAAUACAGUGUGCACAACAUGGAUUUCUACAACCGUUCUGUGAAAUCUAUCUGUUCAUACUGACAUUUCUAUGUAUGUGAGGAGAAGAGCACGGAUAAGUACCCACAAGUGUGCACUACAGAAACCAUGUUGGUCCUGGCUUUGACUCCUCAGCUCAUCAAACUUCAUGACAUCAGAAGCUCUUAAAGGCCAGAACCAGGAACGUCCUCGACAGGAAACAAAGUCACAUGCAAUGGAAGAAGAAACUGAUGUCCCUUCACACACACAGGGUCUGAAUGGUUUGUUGCUUGAGCAUAAACCUUUAGAAGAGAUCACCAAUGGACACUCAACCCAUAAGCCUGUCAUGAAUGGAGUAAUUGUAGGGCAAAAUGGCAAAGACCACACCAUCGGCAGUGCUCCUCUCAGAUCUCUGCCGAUCUCAGCGCUGAAGCAGAACGGUCUUCUGCAGACUCUGGCAGCAGGUGGAGACGAGCUCCAGCCUUCAGAGGAAAAGGACGAUGCAGAGCUGAAAAAGGCCAGACAGGAGUGGGAGGCUCUGGAGAACAUUCAACCAGCUCUGGCUGAGGACUCAAACCCAACGCCUCUCAUCUCCUUCAAUGAAGCCCUGCAGUACUUCCAGACCACAGAUCUCGGGGACUUAUUGAAGAACAUCCAGCCUACCAUUCGUAGAACUGGUCUGGCUGCCAUCACGCACUUCCUGUUUGGACCUCCUCGACUGCACAAAGAGCUCCUGGAGGAGAGGGAUCUUGUUUUUGCCAUUGCACAAUGCCCCGUGGAUAACAACCAAACAGUCCACAUGCGUGUUCUGCAGACCAUUUAUAAAAGGCUGAUAGGAAGCAGGCUGGAUUGUCCUCGGUAUGGUGCGCACUGGGAAAAUAUUGGCUUUCAGGGUACCGACCCAGCCACUGACCUACGUGGCACUGGUUUCCUUGGGCUGAUGCACGCUCUGUACUUUGUGAUGGACCCAGAGAUUCUGCCUCUGGCUAGAGAUAUCUACAAGUUAUCACAACACCCUACACAGAACUUCCCAUUCAGUGUGAUGUCGAUCAACAUGACCCGCAUUGCUCUGCAAGUGCUGAGAGAGGAGGCCCUGUCCAAAGAGUGCAAUCGUCGUCAACAAGUGGUUGGUGUCCUGAACGAGUUUUAUGUUGCCACAUACCUGCAUCUGUUCCAGCUGUGGAAGACCCAACAAAAGACCAUUGCUGACUCUGGCUUUGUUCUAAAAGAAGUGGAGCUUUUUGCCAAAAAGAAUCCCAAGCAGAUGCUGCGCCGACUAGAGGUCUUCCUGAAAGAGAGGCGGGCAGGUGGGAUCCCCCGUGGGACGUCGCCAGACCCGCAGGCCCAGCAGCCCUCGCCCAGCCUGGGGGAGCGAGAGGCCAGAUCUGGAACAGGGCAAGGAAGCAGGGGAAAGGAGAUGCACUUCACAGGAGUGUGUGAUCUCCCACCGGACAUGGAGGGAGAGGCCAGACUUAUCUAAGCUAGAGUCUGUGUGAGUGUGUGAGAGCUGUCCGUAACAAAUGUCUAUUACUGUACGUGUGAAAGUCUGAGGAAGAGCUCACCAGUCCCUGAUCUGGGGUCUGCUAUCUGAACCCUACAUUCAUACACUUCUCCUUCCACCGCUGCUGGGGUGCUGCACUUUGACCAGAUGGAGUUCUCUUUGAUUUUUUUGUUGUAAUUUAUUCUUUAAGCUGGGGACAUGGAGUCGUUGUACAUAGAUGGGUCUUCACCGCAAGAUGUCACACAUUAUGAAAAGAAAUGGGUAUUUGCACUUUUUUCUGUCAUUGUAGUAGCCAAACCGACAGCUGCCAAAUUCUACUUUAACUCUACCUGUCUAGAAGUCCAAAACGUACACGUUUGUGUCUCAAGGAUCUCAGCCACAGCACGUGGGCAAAACACGAGAGGUAGAGAAGACAAUGAACAACCCAGAGGAGAUUAUCAGCCUAUCGGCAGGGAGCAGCUUGAUUAGAGCAGUCUAAUCGUUUCACAUUCACUGUUCAAAGUGAGAAAA